AUGGUUAAAAUUAUCUUAAGUAUUCUUUUAAUAAUUUUAUUUACACUCAUAGACAUUAGUAUUUACUCAAAAUAUGUAACAAAGAAUAAUAUUUCGUAUUUCUUAACAAACAAAAGAACUAUUAAAAAAAAGCAAUAUUCAAAUAUCUUAACUAAAAUAAAAAAUUACACGAUUAAAGCUGCCUAUAAAACUAAACUUUUAACAUAUCUAAAUGAUAUAAAUAAUUUAAAUUUGGGAAAUGGUAAAAAUGAAUUUUAUUUAAUUGCUUUACCACUUAGUGAUAAAUUUAACCCUUUUAUUGGUACAUUUUGUCAUAAUAAUAUACAGUACAGUGAUAAAGCAUCUUUGCCAAUAUUUAUAUAUGAUAUACUUUUAAAUAAGCAUAUUGAAGUUCCAUGGAAUUUUGUUAUUGAAAAAGUGAACAUAAAAAAGCCUAUAUAUUAUAAAAAUGUUUGUAUGACUAGUAUAAACGAGUUUUGUAAAUAUAAAAAUAUUAAUAAGCUAGACAGAGUUUUUAUCAAUGUUCUUGAUUUCAAAUCAAAAAAGAAUUUUAUUUUUUUGCCAUCAUGGAUUAUGAAAACUUUAAACUUAAAUUGCUUUGAUAUAGUAAGACUUAGAUUUGUAAAAUUAGAAACUUGUUUUAGCGUCGUUUUGCAACCACAUGAUAAAAAGUUUUUUGAAUUAAGAGAACCAAAAAAAAUAUUGGAAGAAAAACUAAGAUAUUAUUCUUGUCUAACAAAAAACAGUACCAUAUGCAUAAAUCAUGAUAAUUUUGUAUAUUAUUUUGAUGUAAUUAGAAUUGACUCAGAAAAUAAAAAAAAUGUUGAAGUAGCCUCCAUUCAAGAUACAAAUGUAAUUUUUGAUUUUGUUAAGGAAAAAUAUGAAAAAUGA